UUCCUCUGGCACAGACCCAAUUCCAUUAUCGGAUGACACAUGUAUGAUCUCACACCUUCACGAGACCGACAGCAGUUUGUGAAUCGGGACCAGCAGCACAAGAACCACAGACCUACAGUGAGAAGCUUCACCAGACACAUUCAUCAUAACAGCCAGCUCAUGAUACCUCCCCAGAGGUGUGAUUUGAUCUGUUAAGCUUUCCGUCUGGGUCCUGCGGUUGGACACACCUAAAAAAUAAUGACUGCGGCACCGAAACCGGUUCCUCUUCACAAUAACCCAACCUGAACGCACUUGCACAGAACGCAGUCUGGGGGGGCUGUACCCUGAAUCGGAACCACGGAGCCUCCAGCAGAGCAUAGAGGAAUAAUGCAGCUAUACAGGAAGGCCAAAGAGGCCGACACAAGAGGCCGAGAUUAAAGCCCUCACAAUGUCAAACGAGUGCCCUUAGAGCACGGAGUACAAGCUCAGUGUAGCGUUUUAAAAACCCUAUCUGCUAUUUUGAAUAACAAUGUAUGAAUAUCGUACAAAAGGCAAACUGAUCUUGCCCAACGGAACAGAACAGUAAUGGUGUUUAGGAUAAAGGAUCCCUUUCAAACCAGUGUUAAUUGCUUCUCUAGUUACCCAUUAACGUUUCUGUAAAGCGGGAAUCCCACCCAUCAACGUGGUGACUGGAAUGAAACGGGCCAGAGCGAGUUACAUCACACAAGGCAGCUCUGACCGUUUGCUGCUUCCAGGACACGGGACAACAAAUGUAAGAGUAAACAUCCGGAUUGGGUUUCCUGCUUAUUCUGGGGGAGGGGGCGGUGCACACAGGCUGCAGGAACUGGAGAUGCCCUUACACGACUCCCACCAGUGCAACUAGACACCAGGUAGACCAUAGCCGUGGAAUAAAGGGUGCAGACCGAGCGGGCAUGACUGCGCGUGGGCCGGGCGUGGUUACGAGGCCUUGCCAGAAACACCGUGAUGUCACCAAGUAAGCAAGCAGCGCUGAGGUCAGCGGCAAACGACGGCACCCAGCAUGGCUCCUGAAAGGAACAAAUCGUCCCUCACGGCCCCGGGUUCGGGUGGCUGGUUGGUCUGGCUCUUCGAGUUCGAGAACUUCCAGGGCCGAAGGGUGCACCUGACGGGGGAAUGUCUUAACGUCUGUGAUUAUGGUUUUGACCGGGUCAGGUCCAUCAGGGUAGACUGUGGACUGUGGGUGGGAUAUGAGCAGCAAAACAUGAUGGGUGAGAUGUUCAUGCUGGAGAAAGGAGAGUACCCUCGCUGGGACAGCUGGACUAGCAGCUACAGAAAUGACCACCUCAUGUCUGUUAGACCUGUUUACAUGAACAGCAUGUACCAUAAGAUUUGCCUGUUUGAAUGUACCAACUUUGAUGGUCGCAAGAUGGAGGUUUGCGAUGAGGACAUCCCCAGUCUGUGGUCCUACAGCUUCCAGGACCGCGUGGCCAGCAUCCAGGUCACUGGUGGAGUUUGGGUGGGCUACCAGUAUCCUGGUUACCGUGGCUACCAGUACGUACUUGAGCGUGGUACCUAUCCACAUUGGAACAACUGGGGUGCCCGCCACCCCCAGAUCCAGUCUAUCCGACGUGCGAAGGACUCACAGACGUACCACAGGGGCCGCUUCACCAUGGGGCUGUAGGAGGGGCCAAGCUGAGCCGGCGUCCCCUCUGGUGACGUCAUCAGCUGCUGACGAAAUAAAACUAUCAUCAGUCAAGAAGCAUAAGAACCAUCAGAUGCACAGUUUGUACUACAGCCCUCAUUAAUCACUAUAGGCCAAUAGUAUUGCUGUGAUUGGUAACUGGAUCCAGCCACAAUAUAAUAACAAUGUGCUUGACAUGCUCCAGUUAGAUGUAUGUCAAAAGGAGAUGUGGAAUGACAAGGAUGUGACACAACAAUGUGGAAUUGUUGCUUUUUUUCUUCCUUUCUUCUGGACAGUCAUUUCAUUCUACUUUUUUUUACCAUAACUGGACAGUAACGGGUCUACCUACUUUACAUCUUUCUCAGGGAUCCUGACAUCUGGAAACUGAUGCAGUCCUAUCAAUGCAGUGGGUUGGUGCAUGGGAAUUUGUUUUUAUCUACUUCUAUUCAUUACGCACCAUACUUUAAAAUAGAUGUGGUUGUCUUUUCAUCAUGUCAUUAAAGUGUCUUGUCUGAAUUCUGUUUCAUGCAUGUCUUCUGCUGGUUUUUCACACAGGCUACUGCAAAUGUACCAGGAACUGCACCCAAAGAUUGUGCUUAAGGUACAUGAUUAAUGCUUUACUUCAAACUGUGACAUGGGCCUAUUCAGUUAGAAAGCCGUUCAUAUCAAACGAUAAAAUAUUAAAAUAUCAUCAACAGUCCACAUGUUCAUGGAAAUGCAUGUUAGGCAAUUCUUUUCAAUAUACGUGGACGGUCUG